CAUUCAUCCGAGCAUCCAAGAUGAAUACUGACAACUAGAAUAUUCUAAUCCACCGUCACCCCUAUAUAUAUAAACCUCAAAAUCCUCAAAAUGCCUAUAAGCCAACCAACCAAAUCUAUCUACACUGAACUCUCAGUCUAAAAAUCUUCUUCAUUCAAAAAAAAAAAAAAAAGUCAACAUUUGUACAUUUCUGUAGUCAGUUUUUUUUUUUCUUUUUUCUGGUAUCCAAAAUUAAUCAGAUUCUUCAAUGAACCAUUGUUCCAAUGAAAUCUCACGCCGGAUUUUGAAUCUUCCGGCUAUCCGUCCUUGUGAAUCUGUAUCAUUCUCUACCCUUCUUCAUUCCUUGACCAGUUUAUGCCACUCCAUAUGUGAAUACAGCUCCAAAACUCUGUUUGUGAAUAGGACUAAUGCAAGAAGAUCCGUUCGUUUGGUUAGGAACCUCCUCGUUUUUCUGGAGGAAAUCCCAAUUGAUAAAUUUUCAAGCUUUUCCAGCUCCGUUACCCUGAGCUUGUCGGAGCUCCAUUUCAUCCUGCAGAAAGUUCGGUUCUUGCUGGACGAUUGUGCCAGAGAUGAUGCUCGGCUAUGGAUGCUGAUGAAUUCGGAGAUCGUUUCAGAUGAGUUCCGGGUUCUGGUCAGGGCUAUGGCUGUUGCCCUGGAAGUUCUGCCUUUGGAGGAGUUGGGAGUUAGUCAUGAAAUUAAGGAAUUAGUUCAGUUCCUGAGGUAUCAUGCCCUGACUCUGAAGUUUGAUGUGGAUGCUGAAGAUGAAAGGGUCUUAAAGCUGGUUUUCUUGAUUUUGGGUCAGUUUGAGGAUGGAGUUGACCCGGCUUCGAGGGAUCUGAGAAGGGUUCUUGAGCAUUUGGGGAUUGAAAGCUGGAGCGAGUGCAACAGGGAGAUCAAGUUCUUGGAAAGCGAGAUUAGUUUAGAAUGGCAGACUGAAAAGAAGAACCACGUUGGACUUCUCAGCAGUUUGAUGGGGUUCAUGAUCUACUGCAGAUCUGUUAUGUUUGCAGCAGUGGACAAGGCGAAUAACAGACCGAGUGAUGAUGACGAUGCUGGCAGAUGUGAAGUCAUCAGAUCUUUGAAUGCUGAUGAUUUCAGGUGUCCAAUUACCUUGGAAUACAUGACAGAUCCAGUUGUAAUUGCCACAGGUCAUACUUAUGAGCGAUCUUCAAUCCUCAAGUGGUUCAGGUCCGGAAAUCCGACUUGCCCGAAGACUGGUGAGAAGCUAUCCUGCACUGAUUUGAUUCCAAAUUCAGCUCUGAAGCAGCUUGCCAAGAAGUUUUGUUCAGAAUAUGGCAUCCCUUUUGCUGAUUCAGUCAGGAAAACUCGGGAUGUCACGAAGACGGUCGUGCCUGGUAGUCUAGCAGCCGAGCAGGCGGUGAAAUUGCUGGCGAAAUUUCUUGUUGGCCAGCUUGUGAAUUGCAGAAACCAUGAGCAGGGAAAAGCUGCUUACGAGAUUCGUUUGCUCACCAAAACAAGCAUUUUUAACAGGUCUUGUUUGGUCGAUGCUGGGGCGAUCCCGCCUUUGUUGAAUCUCCUGUUUUCGAAUGAUCCGUUGAUGCAAGAAAACGCGGUUGCAUCGCUUUUGUACCUAUCAAAGUUCCCUGGAAGUAGGAGGAUUAUCGUUGAGAACGGUGGCCUGAUUUUGAUCCUCGAUGUUUUAAAAGAAGGAUUCAAAAUGGAAGCCCGACAGCAUGCAGCUGGUACAUUGUUUUACCUUUCUUCGGUGGAAGAGUACCGUAUGUUAAUCGGGGAAAUCCCUGAAGUGAUUCCAGCUUUAAUGGAUCUGCUCAGGGAUGGCGCGGAACGUGGCAAAAAGAAUGCACUGGUGACCAUUUUCGGCCUACUUUUAAGCCCUGAUAACCAUCGUAGGUUUCUUGCAGCUGGAUUAGUCCCCUUGCUGGUUAACCUAUUCGGAUCUCUCGAAAGGGAAGAUCUCAGAACAGAUUCUCUGGCUGUUUUAGCAACUCUUGCUGAAAGGCCUGAUGGCACCGUUGCAAUCCUUUCAGCCGGAGCAUUACCGAUGAUAAUUGAGGUUCUUGGUUCUUCAAACUCCUUGGCUGCUAGAGAAUCUUGUGUCUCAGUGCUCCUGGCGUUGUGCAACCAAAGAGGAGCAGAUGUGGUUCCCGUUUUAGCAAAGAAUCCAUCUCUUAUGGGAAGAUUGUAUUCCCAAAUAACUGAAGGCACGUCUCGAGCCAGUAAGAAGGCCAGUUCACUCAUCAAGAUCCUGCACAAUUUCAAUGAGCAGAGUUCAUAUGGCUACUCGAAUCCGGCGCCUACACGGGAAAGGUUCAUUCAUGUUUGGUAAAUGUAGAGAUCAACAUCAUGCACAGAUUUCAUUCAUUCAUUCACAACAUCUGUAUUGUAUAUAGGCAUUAUAUUUUGUUCUGGAGGGAGUUGUCCUGAUUUGUCAGGUGAGGAGUUUGUGAUUUCAGCUCGGUUUUUGUUAGAGCUUGUCACAUAAAAGCUUCCAUUUUUGAGUGAAGCUAUGUAACAUACGGUUGUUUGUAUUUGUAAUAUAAUUUUCUUCAUACAUGCUAAUAAUAAGAUAAUUUACAUUGUGUAUUAUUCCAGUAA